UACCUAUACAUAAUGAACAUGAAAACACCUUCAAUCACAGACAACAUCUGGAUCGCUGCUGGUGAUGGCAAGUUGGAUCGAGUCAAGGAACUUAUUGAAAAAGAAGGCGUCGAUAUCAAUGUACAGGAUGAAUGUGGCUAUAGUCCACUCCAUGCUGCAGCUUCUUAUGAUCAGGAAGAGGUUAUUCUUUACCUUUUGUCAAAGAAUGCCAAUGUAAACAUCCCUGAUGUAGAUCAAGAUACACCUCUAUUUGUUGCCGAGACAGUAGAGACUGCACGUCUGUUGGUAACCCAUGGAGCUGAUGCUAAGCGCACAAAUAGCGAAGAAAUUACGGCUGCUGCCCAUGCAUUCGAUGAGGGCUGGCUUGAUGUUGCUCAAUACCUUGCAUCUGUGACAGGAGAGAAUAUUCCUUUAAGCUUAAGCGAUGAGUCAGUAGAAGAAACAGCUGUUACAGAUGGAGGAGAUGAGAUGGAUGAGCAGAUUGAAUCUAUAAUGAAGCGCAUUGAAGAGCAAGGUGGCCUUGAAGAUGAAGAAAAAUUGCGUGAAAUGGUGACAAAGAUGGUUCUUGAUGAGAUGAAAAAGUCAAUUGAAUAAAGAAAAAUAAGAUUUUGAUGCAUU